GUUAAAGAACACUGAAAUGAGGGCGAGAGAACCCCUCCCUGUCCCAAGUUAGAGGAUUUUUAUUCCGCUGUUUAAACAGUUUUGGUGCAGCGUUGUCUCGGUCUCACAGACGGUCACGCCCACAGACUUUUGCCUGCAGUCCGUCUGAAUCUCUGCCAGCGAAAUGAAAUCUGCUCUGAAGUAUGUAGGGAAUUUGAUCUCAUUAAUUAUUCUCACAUAAAACACGUCAUGUCGCCCUGUUUAGCUAAUCAGAAUCAACCUUACCAUUCAACCAAUCAUAACCGCGGAGAGCAUUGAAAGAGAAAGUAUCACUGUAGAAAAUAAAAUCUAAGGAGUAUUGUGGGUACUCGUUACUUGUUAAGUUCUAGGAAACGUUCAGUGACGUUGGAAGAAUCAACAUCAACACUGUUUGAGAUCGACAUUUGUAUCAUUCGCAAAGAAGGAAUUAGGAACGCCAACAGCGUUGCAGCUACAGCACAGACAAUCUUCAAGUCUUCAGAAUAAUCCAGGCAAGAUGAAUUGGAGCGAUAUCUUCUACCCUGAAAAUCCCAAAAGCAGGGAGAAUCUUAUCCGCAAAAGUCAAGAGGUUCUGGAACUGAUGAAAAACAACUUCCGAGCCACCAACCAACUCAUUGAGGUUCUCCAGGAGCACUUAGGAUUGCACUUCAGUCCAGUCAAAGUGAACGAGAAAGCGACUGUUAAGGAGAACUGUGAUGUAUUAAUUGAACGCAUACGUGAGAUCCAGGUUGAGGUAGGGAAGAUCGACAGGGAGCUGAAAGAAGAGCUGGAUCCGGCUCUGUAUGAGAAACUGAGGAGAAAGGAUCUGUCUAUUCCUGAACGUAAAAAAGUUUUAACAGUUCUGCGUGGAGUUCAUUGUUGUGUUGCAACCCUUGCAUCUGCAUAUAUAGUCGGUUGGCUAUUUCAGAAUGCCACGAUGCUUGCAAAUAUAACAGGAGUAUGUGGAGUAAUUGCAAAAGGGUUAAUAGGCUGUGUUGUCUUUGGGGUGCUAUUCAUGGGGGCUGAUAUGAUUUUUCAGGCCAUUCUAGGGUAUUUUGAGCGUGAUGAGCUUGAGAGAGCUCUGAAAGAUUAUGACAACGUUUUGGAAGAUUUCAGACCAGAGUCUGUAAAAUACCAGGACAGCAUAACUGAAGUCAAGGUGAUAAUUCGGAUUAUGCUGAAGAAAAAUAUGUUUUCUUAAACCUUAAGAAGUGAACGCUGGCUUUUCUUGUUCUACUACAGUGGUUGUUUAUUCUGUUAGAAAUGUUUGCUUAAAACAAUGCAACCACAUUUCUAAAUAUGUGAAUUAAAAUUAAGAUGAACAAUAGAUUAAAUAAUACGGAAAAUGUAGAAAAUGCUUUAAUUGUAAUGCAAUUAAAUAGCUAAUAAAUGUAAUUGUAACUCACCAUCUGCCUUUUCUAAAUUCACGGAAAUUAACUGU